AUGAGCCACGGGUCCAGCAACUCCACUCAGCAGUGGUACUAUGGCUACGCACCUAGGACACUACCCUGCGCCUCCGACGGGCCCACGUGUGCCUAUUUUGAAGCCCUCUGGUCCAGCAAUGACCGUGGUAUUUUCUAUUCGGGAAUCCUUUGGAUUCUCGCCGGCGUCGCCGUUCUCGCGGCAGCCGUCCUGCGUUGUGACUUGCCGUCCCGGCACACGAGACCAUUUCGGACUGCACCUGAAGGAGAAUCGCUCAUCGGGAUCAAGCGCCCGUCUCGUCUCCGGGCGGCAGCUGCUUCAGCUCGUCGAUACCUCCUCCCCGACACGGUUCACUUCUUGUUUGGCCGCACCACACGUCUUCAAGUUCCUGUGCUGGCCAUUCUCAUGGCUUACCUGACCAUCUUCUCCUUUGUCGGCAUCACCUAUGCAACGUGCGACGCCUGUUGCCGGCAGCCCAGGAGUGUGGAAGUACCAAAACUCUCUGGGCCUAUGGUCCAACCGGAUCGGCAUUCUGGCCUACGCAAUCACGCCGUUUUCGGUACUUUUGGCAAGCAGAGAAUCGAUCCUGUCGGCGCUCACCGGCAUUCCCUACCAGAGUUUCAAUUUUUUACACCGCUGGACUGGCUACGUUAUCCUGGUGCAAAGCAUCCUCCACGCGAUAUCAUGGUGCAUUAUUUGCAUUGGCUUGUAUGGGCCGCAGCCAACCUACGCCGUCAACUGGGUGACCAAAGAAUACAUGAUCUACGGCAUCUGCGCACAGUUUCUCCUCAUCAUCAUACCCUACUCCUCCACCAUCAGUUGGUUGAUGGCGACUGGGGCUUUCAUCCUGCUCAAGCACGGCUGACGUCCUUUCCUGACGCGGCCGGGUAUGGGGACGUGGUCAGACUGGAUUUCGAUUUUGUUCAGUCUCCUUGGAAGGUUGGGCAGCACUUUUACCUAUGCUUCCCCCGACGCAGCGUCUGGCAGUCUCACCCAUUUACUCCGCUCUCCCUACCUGUCGUCGAGCGUGGAGUAGCGCGCCAUUCGUACAUCUUUCGAGCCAAGAGUGGUGAGACAGCAAAGAUCGCUGCCAUGGCAGAAGAGACAACUCCGGUUGUCCUCCAAGGCCCCUACGGCGAGCACUCAUCAGAAGUUCUUGGUCCUCAUGUCAACGUCUUGGCAAUCGCAGGCGGUACGGGCAUCACCUAUGUGCUUCCCGUGCUGCUGGAGCUUGCCGCAGAGGCAAACUUGAACGCUCAAACGAUCUCGGAACGCCAAGUCCACCUACUUUGGGCGGUACGACACUCUUCUAAUGCCCAGUGGGUCGAACCCGGGUUGGCCGCCCUGCGGGCCAGCGCCAAAAUCCGCGUAACCAUCUUUGUGACGCGCGAAGCAGCCUCGCCAAGCAGUGACAAGCAAUCAGGUGAUCAAGAAGCCACGACUGAUGUUCGCAAACUGGGCGAGGGACAACAGGCCCGGCACCCUGACGUGGGCGACUUGGUGAGGACUUUUGUGGGCGACACGGUGAGCGGGCGCACAAUGGUGUUUGCCAGCGGGCCUGGGAGCAUGGUCGCCGACCUGAGGUCAUCGGUGGCGGCGCUGAACGAUGGUGGGAAGGUGGGGCGUGGGAACGAGCGGUUUGAUGUCGAGUUGAGAGAGGAUAACAGACUAGAGUGGCGAUGCACGUUUAUUUUAUUUGGUCGUGUGAAAGAUAGAAAAACGAUUGACAAGUGA